GACUGAUUUUUUGAAAAAAGGACGACCCCAGAGUCAUUCCCACCACCAACUCCUAAAGCCUGACCGCCGACAAAUUACAAAAACGCAAUAUUUACACUCCUAAGCUCCCCAUUUCCAUCAGCAGCCAGACAACACUCCUACAACGACAACCACGAAACACAGCGCCUCUCUCUCAGUCCCCGAAUGGAGGCUCUCCAUCUAAGGCCAUCGCCGUUGCCCCUCGUGCGGCCUGAAGGCCGCUGCAAAUUGACUCCAUACUCCUUCCCUGGAUCUCACAAGAAGUUCAUUAGGCCUUUUAUCAAUGCUGCCCUCUCCAAACCGGCGGCGGAGGUCCCUCCAUUGCCUAUGUCGUCUCCUCAGCGUUCUUCUCCGACUUCCUCCUCCACAACCACUGUUUCGACUUCUUCGAAGAAGGUCUCCCCCAAUUCUCUCCAGUACCCACCCGGUUAUGUCGGUGCCCUACCUGAUCAUACAGUUCCUGACGGGACUAAUGACAUUAUAAAUGCCAUGGAGUAUUUGACGAAUAUACUGUCUUCUAAGGUUUAUGACGUUGCUAUUGAGUCUCCUUUGCAGUUCGCUCCUAAGCUGUCGGAGAGAUUGGGGGUCAAGGUUUGGCUCAAGCGAGAGGACUUGCAGCCGGUUUUCUCAUUUAAGCUACGUGGAGCUUAUAAUAUGAUGGCGAAAAUUCCAAAGGAACAGUUGGAAAGAGGGGUUAUCUGCUCAUCAGCUGGAAAUCAUGCCCAAGGUGUUGCAUUAUCUGCCAAGAAACUAGGCUGUAAUGCGGUGAUUGCUAUGCCUGUAACUACUCCGGAAAUCAAGUGGAGAUCAGUUGAGAGAUUGGGCGCAACUGUUGUUCUAGUGGGUGAUUCGUACGAUGAGGCUCAGGAAUAUGCUAAAAAAAGGGCCAAAGAGGAGGGUAGGACAUUCAUCCCUCCUUUUGAUCACCCGGAUGUUAUUGUGGGACAGGGAACAAUUGGGAUGGAAAUUGUGCGUCAAAUGCAAGCCCCAGUGCAUGCAAUCUUUGUGCCUGUAGGGGGUGGUGGGCUAAUAGCUGGUAUUGCUGCCUAUGUAAAGAGGGUUAAUCCUGAGGUAAAGAUCAUUGGCGUGGAACCCUCAGAUGCGAAUGCAAUGGCAUUGUCCUUGCAUCAUGGUGAGAGAGUGAUGUUGGACCAGGUUGGAGGGUUUGCAGAUGGAGUGGCUGUUAAGGAGGUUGGUGAAGAAACUUUCCGUUUAUGCAAGGAAUUGAUAGAUGGUGUAGUUCUUGUAAGCCGUGAUGCUAUAUGUGCAUCAAUAAAGGACAUGUUUGAGGAGAAAAGGAGCAUUCUAGAGCCAGCGGGUGCUCUUGCCCUUGCUGGAGCUGAAGCAUACUGCAAAUAUUAUGGCAUUGAGGACAAAAAUGUUGUGGCAAUAACAAGUGGAGCAAAUAUGAACUUUGAUAAACUGAGGGUUGUAACUGAACUUGCCAACGUUGGUAGGCAACAGGAGGCUGUUCUUGCAACUGUUAUGCCAGAAGAGCCUGGAAUGUUCAAACACUUCUGUAAACUUGUGGGACCUAUGAAUAUCACGGAGUUCAAAUACAGAUGUACUUCUAAAAAGCAGGCGGUUGUUCUGUACAGUGUUGGGCUUCAUACAGUUUUUGAAAUUGAAGAACUGCAGCAGCAGCUGGAAUCUUCUCAACUGAGAACUUACAAUCUUACAUCAAGUGACUUGGUCAAAGAUCACUUGCGUUAUUUGAUGGGUGGCAGAUUGAAAAUUCCCAAUGAGGUUCUUUGUCAUUUUGUUUUCCCAGAAAGGCCUGGUGCUCUCUUGAAGUUCUUGGACGCUUUCAGUCCUCGUUGGAAUAUUAGUUUAUUCCAUUACCGUGGGCAGGGGGAAACUGGCGCAAACGUAUUGGUUGGUAUUCAGGUUCCUGAAAAUGAGAUGGAUGAGUUCCAUAGUCAUGCCAACAAUCUUGGAUAUGAAUACCAUCUUGUAACCGAUGAUGAUAACUUCCAGCUUCUGAUGCAUUAACCAAGACACCCUGUGAUUUUUCAUCUGGGUUAUCCUACUAGGCCUAGGCUUAAUAGUCAGCAGUCGAAGCCAACUUCUUGGAGCAGAGUGUGAAAGGAAAUACACUAUUGCCAAGAUUUCUGUAGAAGCAAGCCAUUAUUGCUCUGAAGUGGAGAAGGAACCUUUUUCUUUUGCUUUGUAGUUGUUGGAUUUGGAGGGAGAAAAAACUAAGAAAAUGAGAGAGAAAUCUGCUGGAAUAAGAUCUGAUUUUUUUACUUUUUUUUUUCCUACGUAUUUUAAGCAA